ACCGGAUACAUCUUCGCAAUUUGCGACUGAAUCGGAUGCUACUUCACAAUUUGCGACUGAACCGGCUUUCGCAAUUUGGGUUCUUAAUCUUAUCUUGAGAACAUUUCUUGCUUCUAAUUUGCGCCAAAAAAAUGGUUAUUUCGCUUGCGUUAUCGACGGCACCAAUGAGUACGACGAUUAUCUCUGCUACGAGGCGGUCCCAAGUUUCACAACCUAAAGCUAAGAAAGUCAAGCCGGAGAAUAAGCGGCCAACGACGACGUCGACGAGCGGUUUUUCCGGCAGAACAACGAAGGAAUUGACUUGGAAGUGCGUCGAAGGUUGUGGAGCUUGCUGUAAGAUUGCAAAGGACUUCGCUUUCGCAACACCUGACGAAAUCUUCGACAACCCUGAUGAUGUGGAGCUGUAUCGAAGCAUGAUUGGAGAUGAUGGAUGGUGCAUAAACUACAACAAAUCUACACGCAAAUGCUCGAUUUAUUCUGAUCGUCCAUACUUUUGUCGGGUUGAGCCCGAGGUUUUCAAGUCACUCUACGGGAUUGAAGAAAAGAAAUUCAACAAGGAAGCUGUCAGCUGCUGCAUUGACACCAUUAAGACGAUAUAUGGCCCUGGUUCCAAAGAAUUGGAUAACUUCAACCGUGCCAUAAGAAGUAGUCCGAGCUCGAGUUGAUAGUCAGAUAAACUCAAAGGCAGGUUCAAGUCCAAGUUCAUCUUCAGGUUCAUCACUUUCCUCAAAUAGCUGCAUAAACCGAGCUUGAUCUCGCUGCUUCUUCAUCCUUUGUGAGUGCUUGAACAUAAAAACGCCUCCAACCACAACAAGAGUUGUACACAAAAUGCCUGCUACAAUUGCUAUCGUGACUGUUAACCCGUUAUAUCCUUCCUCUUGCGGAGUUGAAGCAUUCAUUGCUUUAGAAGAUACUACACACAAUUCAUAUAUGUUACUUAUGGUCAUCAUAUAUUUUCAUUUCGUUUAACAGGAAACACAAAUGCGGGAAUUAGUUUUUACUCACCGGAGUCGAGCUUGGCGCAACCGUGGCAGACAAAAGUAGCAUUAAUCUCCUUUUCUUUAAAAUGCAUAUAGACUUGGCUAGCGGAGAAAUCAGUGGGACAAACUUCCCAUACAUCGAACUCUUUGUCUGAAACGAGGCUGCCUUGCUCAUAGAUUCCGCAUCGCUUACACUUUUCGCCACCGAUUUCAGUCAUAGGCUGUACCAAGCGAUAGAGUGAAGAAACAUAUAUGUAUUUAAACAAUCUUAUUAAUAGAGUGUAGUAAUAGAUGGUUGUAAAAGAGAAUUGGGACGAGCCUGCCAUGAUUCUUGACCGCGGAAAGUGUACAAGACACCGGUUUUGGUAACAUCUGGAAGAACAGUUUUGUUCUCUCCUUUGCAUUGAAAAUAGACAGUGUGUUUGAGCUUGAA